AGAGAAAUGAGAGAGGUUUGAGAGCUCAAUGGGCAAACACAGUGUCCUGAUGUGCUAGUGCACGCUGUUUCUCUGGCAAGUUUUUGCUAUACCACAGGAUUCUUUAAGUUUUGGGUAGAAGUUGCUGCUGCUGCUGUUUGUGUAUCUUUUAGUCGCCACAGGUUCUACUUGUCCUCUUUUACCAUCUCUUAAGUUUGCCCCAUUGCUGAGUGUCUCAGUGUCUGAGGACGAGCAGUUUGUGCAGAAGACGAGCAGUUUGUGGAGAAGAUCCAAGAUUCUUGUAACUUUUCUGCUGGCAACAUCCUGUUCAAACACAUCUCUCUUCUUGUAUACCCUCCUCUGUCUGUCCUAGCUGCCUGCUCUUAUUUCCUCUUGCUCAACAGACCCUUACACACAUCAGUCCUCUCCCACACCCACACACACACACACACACACCUCCACUCAUUCUCAUUCUGGCCCCUUUCUCUUCUUUUAGCUCUGCUCUCCUGUUCUCCGUCUCCUUUACCUGUCCAAGAACGACAUUCCCGUUUCUUUGCCAAAUUUGUCCUACACCAUCACUGCGCCAUUCCCCGGCUCUCCUAACGCCUCUGUUCCCCUAAUGGGCAACACAUCAGACAGCAGUGCCACAUUCCCUUCAUCGUCACUGAGAUCCUCUCUCCACCCCUAACCGCCUUGCCAACACCAACAUAAACACAACCCAAUGGAGACAAAAGAUAUGAUGAAGACGAGCAUGUUGACAAUGGACAAAGGAGAGAAUGAGGGAGAGAGGGACAAAGGGAGAGAGGAGGUGGGGGGAGAAGAGGAGGGGACGCAGCAGGAAAAUGGUAGACUGAUGCUGGCUGAUGGUUUUGCAGAGAGAGGACCCAAGAGCCUGACCUCCGGCUCUGGACAGCAGGUGUCCAAUGGCUUUACCACAUCCACCCCUCAAAGCCCCAGGGAGGGACCAGGGACCGCGGCUUGCGCUGGAGGUACAGCCUCUGGGCCUGGAGGAGGCACCGGUUCGUCAGUGCCACUGGGAGGCCUCAGGACUCUGGUGGUCCAACAAACUAGCUUGGAUAGGCCCAGAGAAACCUGGAGCAAGAAGAUGGACUUCUUGCUCUCUGUGAUCGGCUACGCUGUGGACCUGGGAAAUGUCUGGCGCUUCCCUUACAUCUGCUACCAAAAUGGAGGAGGGGCCUUUUUGCUGCCCUACCUGUUGAUGGCAGUGUUUGGAGGUGUCCCUCUCUUCUACAUGGAGCUGGCUCUCGGCCAGUUCCACCGCAGCGGCUGCAUCUCCAUUUGGAAACACAUCUGCCCCAUCUUCAAAGGCAUCGGCUUUGCCAUCUGCAUCAUAGCCCUCUACAUCGCCUUCUACUACAAUACCAUCAUGGCCUGGGCCUUGUACUACCUACUAUCAUCAUUUCGGCCCACCCUGCCCUGGACCACCUGCAGCAACAGCUGGAACACCGCCAACUGUAACCGUUACAUGUCCACCGACCACAAUGUGUCGUGGUCCAACUCCUCCACCUCCCCCGCCGAGGAGUUCUAUAUUCGCCAGGUGUUGCAGGUCCACCUCUCCCCAGGUCUGCACCAGCUGGGCUCUGUCAGCUGGCAGCUGGCCCUCUGCCUGCUCUUCAUCUUCACCAUUGUCUACUUCAGCAUCUGGAAAGGAGUCAAGACGUCUGGAAAGGUAGUUUGGGUGACUGCUACCUUUCCCUACCUGGUCCUCUUGGUGUUGCUCAUCCGUGGGGCCACUCUGCCAGGGGCCUGGAGGGGUGUGGUCUUCUAUCUCAAACCUGAUUGGAAGAAGCUGCUUAGCACUACAGUGUGGAUUGACGCAGCAGCUCAGAUCUUCUUCUCACUGGGUCCGGGCUUCGGCGUGCUCCUUGCCUUUGCCAGCUACAACCCAUUUCACAACAACUGCUACAAAGAUGCUUUGGUCACCAGCUCUGUGAACUGUCUGACUAGCUUUCUGUCUGGCUUUGUCAUCUUUACCGUGCUGGGCUACAUGGCUGAGAUGAGGCAGCAGGAUGUGGAUGCUGUGGCAAAGGAUGCUGGUCCCAGUCUGCUGUUCAUCAUUUAUGCAGAAGCCAUAGCAAACAUGCCUGCUGCUACUUUCUUUUCCAUCAUCUUCUUCCUCAUGAUCAUUAUGUUGGGUCUGGACAGCACGUUUGCAGGGUUGGAGGGGGUGAUCACAGCUAUGCUAGAUGAGUUCCCUCAUAUCUUGGUUAAGAGACGAGAGUGGUUUGUCUUCGGCCUGGUGUGUGUCUGCUACCUCGGGGCUCUCUCCACACUCACAUAUGGAGGAGCGUUUGUGGUGAAGCUGUUUGAGGAGUAUGCAACAGGCCCUGCAGUCAUCACUGUGGUCCUGCUUGAAGUCAUCGCUGUUUCCUGGUUCUACGCACAGAUUGUGAACUGCGGUGCUGACUUAUUCCGAUACUGUUCCGAUCCUCAGCUCUCACAGACACAUGAGAGUAGUGAUUGGGUGUGUCUGUGUGUGUCUGUGUGUGUUCCAGGUACCAACCGUUUCUGUAAUGACGUCCAGGACAUGCUUGGUUUCUACCCGGGUUGUUUCUGGAGGGUCUGCUGGGUGGCCAUCUGCCCUUGCUUUCUGCUGUUCAUCAUCAUCAGUUUCCUGGCCUUCCCUCCAGAGGUCAGGUUGUUCCACUACCACUACCCGCCAUGGACCACUGUCCUGGGCUACUGCAUCGGGGUGUCUUCGUUCAUCUGUGUGCCUGCUUAUAUGGUCUACCACUUGCUCAAUGCUAAGGGUACAUUCAAACAGCGUCUGUUAAAGAGUAUCACUCCUGAGCCCAGCAGUGACCAACACAGAGACUUCAUUGUCACCAAUGCAGUCUGACCAAACCCUGACCAAAUGAAGGUGCCACUCUUGCUACGUAGAGCGCCCUCUUCUGGACAAACUGCAAAACUACAGGACAAGGGGGCUACCUUUCACCGUCUUUGCCUCUUUUCAUACAUCUCCUACACUUGUUUUUAGCUGUCUCACACCAAGAUGUAGAAAUAGAGGUGGAGUUAGGUGGAGCCAUGCUGCAGUAGCUUUGUUUAGCUUUGUUUAGCUUGGUUUAGCUUGGUUCCUCACUCUGGUUCAGUUUUGAAGGAGUUCUCUGGUGUUACUUGCAAACCCAGAGCUUAGUUUCAGUAUCAUCAGCAUCAACAUCCUCUCUCUGUUUUUCCUCUCACAAGCGUCACCUAAGUCGUUUAGUGACCGACCUUUCUUCAGGUUAUACAGUUGUAACAAUUUUAUACAAUUAUAUAAAGUAUGACACAAUCCAUGUUCAUGUAGACAAUAAAUUAGAUAUACUGCACAUUGAAAUCAGUUGGAGAAGGCCAGAUUUUUCAUUUCAAUCCUCUUUAUGGUUGUAUUUUCAUAUUAUGCUGUUAAGUUAUGCAUUCUUAAAUGUAGCAAAAUUCAGGUAUCUUUUUACAUCUGUUACUGAAGCCAAAUAUAUGAUAUCUGCUCUGUUCAUAUUUCUAAAGAUGUUUCAAUAUUCUAGUUGUUGUUAUGUUGUAUUGGCUGUGAGCCUGUGUUCAUUUGGUGGCAUCCUGGACGAACGACAGAUUUGCAAUGAGUUCCCUACACUGUGAAGCACUGUCUGGUAGUGAGAUGAAUGUGUGUGUGUGUUUGUGAAAGAAAGAAAGUUAUAAUGCCCGGUGGAAAAAUGGAUCACAGGCAGAACCAACCAAGUGUAUUCAUUCUAUAACUGCAAUAUAAGAUGUGUAUUUAUUUUAUGAUGUAUCACUGCUGUCAUUUUGACCUCCCACACUUCAGUAUGACAAACCAUGACACGACAUAGUGCUGAUGGUCCAUGUUUAAUCACAGUGACACUCUGCACUCUGUUGUUAUACUGCAUAACUAUCAGUAAUAGAAACCAAAUAUGGAUCAGAGCUAAUAACAUUAUCAAUGGCAUAGUCUGAAAAUCAGCAUUUCUGCUCUUUACUUUCUACCAAAAAUUAGUGUGUUCGUGUGUGUGUGUGUGUGCAUGUUUGUGAGAGCGUAUGUAUCUGUGUGUUUGUAGGAGCAGGAGUUAAAAUAUGCCGAGUACUGUACAUCUUGUGUAUUUAUGAGUCAGUCUGUUAUUGGUGUAAUCUAUCCUGUGAAUACCUGUCUCCUCUCUCCAUGGAUGUGUGAGCGUGUGUGUGUGUGUGUGUGUGCGUGUGUGCGCGCACCUUGAAUUAUGUAUGUUGGUGCAUGUAUGGGUGUAUGUGCAAAAAAAGGAUUAGAGGUGUUCAGCCCCUUUAUGUGUGCAUGCCGUGAUGUGUGUGUACUGUACUUCAAAUGUGUGUGUGUGUGUGUGUGUGUGUGUGUGUGUGUGUGUCUGUAAUGUGGUCCCCUGUUGUCUUGUAAACUGCCAAAAUAACUUAUGAAGGAAGUAAACACUCUCUCUCUCGUACAUCUCAAGCUUAUGUAAGAUCUAUGUAUGUCAAUAAAAGACUGUAUUAAGAAAUACACCUGUAUAGAAUAAAGAUAUAUAAAUAUAUGGGAAAUAACAGAUACUAAAGGUAUAUGGAAAUAAAUAAAUAACCUCCAUCA